AUGACAUUUACAUCUACAUCUCGGCCAAAGCGUCAUGCUUCCUCACUCUUCCAUCGGAGUCCCAGCAGGCCAGCUUCGGAACACUCGAGCGAAGAGCGGCUCGGCCAGUACCCAGAGGUAUUCCAAGGCACCGACGCGGUAACACAGAACCGACGCGUGGCUCUGCAGCGCAUCAUCGAAGUCCACGACGCCCUCGAACUCAAGCAGCACUUCCAAGCCGCCACUUCACCGACCUCGGCAUGCAGCAGCAGCAGCCACCGCCAGCGAUCUGGAUCCUCGUCCUCGACGUCCAGCGACGCCUGCAUAAUCGACUUUAGCGACCUCCCGUUCCCAGACGCCGAAGUUCGCGCCUUUCGAUACUUUGUUCGACGCUGGGAUCCCAGUAUGCCUGCAGAUCCUGAAUUCGACCAGGCCAUCGCAUCUGCGCACCAUCAGUUUGAGGAAAUGGCAAUCAAGCAUUUCAUCCGGCGAGUAGUCUUCUGGAACGCGAGUGAAGAGGCCAAGGAGGAUAUGUCGAGGAGUGUGUGGAGGCGGAGGGGAAGAUCAAAGAGUCAAUUGAGCAGCAUGUGGAACAACGAGAGAGGGCGGACGGAGUUCUCAGCGCGGGAUCAACUCAAGGAGGUGACUACGCAAGAGGGGCUUGCACAGUUGCUGUGGACGCUGCUACACAACCGUAACAUUUCGCUGAAUCCUGGGUUAAAGGCCGAGUGCACGGAUGCGUUGAAGCGAAUGUAUGGUAUGAAGUGUUGA